AUGGAUGAGAAGAAUACGGCAAAAGCGUUCAAUUUAUCGCAGAAAGCAGUUUACUAUGAACAAGCGAAACGAUACGAGGAGGCGAUUUUCUGCUAUACUGAAUCUGCGAAUUUGCUGCUGAAAUUAUUGCAGGAGAAAAAAUGUAUGUUAAUAUAUCGGAAGAAUGUCAAAGAAUACAUAGAUCGCGCUGAAUUCCUCAAGGCAAAUCUGGAAAAGUUUCAGAAAAAAGUGAGUUUUUUGAAGAAUUUUGAAAUAUUUACUGAUCAACUUUUUAGUAUCCAACAAUUGAGGAAAAUAUUCUGGAAAGUGUUGAAUUUUUGAUGCUAAAAGCUGAUUUGUAUAAAGAAGAUGAUCGAAGUGAACAGGCUUGCAAGAUUUUCGAAAAUGUCGUGGAACAUUGUUUAAAAUCCUCCAAAAACUCACAAAUCUCUCCAGAAUCGAAAAGAAAACUACGGGAACACGCGGAAAAGGCGUUGAUUUCUGCGGAAGAAUUGCAAAAUAUCCGGAAAGUCAAAGAAAUUGAAUUAUCCCUUCCCGAUGUUCCAUCAAGUUCAAAUCUCGGAGCAUUUAUCUCAACUCCAAGUCCUGGCCCAAGUCCAAGUGGUUCUCCAACAAAAGGAAAAUUCACGAAAGAAGAGUUGAAUGUAUUAUCAUCGACAUCAAAUAUAAAUAACAAAUUAUAUGUGCCUUUUCAUAGAUAUGAUCAAAUAAAUGAAUUCAAAGGACAAGUUGGGAAAUUCACUGAUCCUGAUGGAAAAAUUGGGCUGACUCAGAAACAAAAAUCAAGGCUGAAAGGUUGGAAAAGAGUAUCAGAAUUAUAUGAAUCACCAGUUGUUAUAUCUUCAAUUGAUUGUGCAUCAAUCAAGCAAACUCUUAUUUCGGAUUGCUCAUUUAUUUCAUCACUUUCAAUUGCAGCUUUAUACGAGAAUAAAUUCAAAAAGCAGCUUGUAACAAGUAUAAUCUAUCCACAAGAUUCAUCAGGAAAACCAAUUUAUAAUCCAGCUGGAAAAUAUAUGAUCAAAUUUCAUAUAAAUGGAACAUGGCGAAAAGUUGUGAUUGAUGAUUAUUUUCCAGUCGAUGAAAAUGAUCGAAUAAUGUGUUCGCACACAGAUAGAAAAGGUGAAUUAUGGGUUUCAUUAUUAGAAAAAGCAUAUAUGAAAAUAAUGGGCGGAUAUGAUUUUCCUGGUUCAAAUUCGAAUAUUGAUUUGAAUGCAUUAACUGGUUGGAUUCCGGAAAGAAUAUCAAUUCAAACAAAAGCAACAGAAUUUGAUGGGGAUAAAGUAUUUCGGAAAUUAUUUGAUCGAAUGCAUCGAGGAGAUUGUUUGGUGACAUUGGCAACUGGUAGAUUAUCACAAGAAGAUUGUGAAAGAGCUGGAUUAGUUGAAACACAUGCAUAUGCUGUUAUUGAUAUAAGAUGUGUUGAUGUAAGGAUUUUCCGGGGUGGCUGAGAAUGGAUCUUUGAAUUUUGAGAUAUUGAACUCCUCUGUUAGAAAAUCCCGCUGAAUUCUUCAAAUUUUAAUACAAAGUUUCUUCUGUUUAGUAGCCCAAUCCUUAUAAUAUGAGCAAUGUUUGAAAUCGCCUGAAAAAUGAAUAAAAAUUUAUAUUUUCUCCAGAUUCAAACCGAUUUUUUUCCAGAACAAACGGCUCCUAAAACUCAAAAAUCCUUGGACCCAUCUUCGAUGGAAAGGAAAUUAUUCGGAAAAAGAUAAAAUCAACUGGACAAAAUCACUUCAACAACAACUCAAUUAUGAUCCAGAACAAGCUGCAUUGAAAGACGAUGGCGUAUUUUGGAUCGAUUUCGAAAGUGCUUGCCAUUUUUUCGAUGUUUUCUAUGUCAAUUGGAAUCCCGAACUUUUUCCAUUCACUUCGGUUUAUCAUGCCACGUGGAAUCAAUGCAGUGGGCCGGUCAAAGGUGAGCUUUUUUUUGGGAAAUGAAAUUUGAAUUUCCACGUCAAAGUUUCAAAUUUGUGAAUUCAAUUUUUUUAAAGAUAAUUUUAAAGCAUUUUUUGGCAUUGAUCAGAUUAUAAGGAAGGUUUUCAUUUUCAUUACAUAAUGAAAGCCACACAAUCUCCAAUUUCCAACAUGUAUUUUUCCAGAUUUAUACACCGUCGGUGAUAAUCCUCAAUAUUUGCUAACUGUCGAUUGCACUGGAAAAAAAAACGGUGCAGCAGUUUGGAUUUUGUUAACACGGCAUAUCACGAGAAUCGAUGAUUUUGCUGAAAAUAAAGAAUAUAUUACGGUUAUGAUUUAUGAGGCAAAUGGAAAGAAAAUUUAUAUUCCUUGUGAGUUUUUUGAUGAAAUUUCAUAGAAAAUUAUACUGUUUUUGUAAGUUUUGUAAAUAAAAAAUAACAAAUCCGCCUGAAAUUAAAAUUUUUGUCUUGCAGCUGAUCCAAAACCAAUAUCAGACGGAGUUCGUAUAAAUAGUCCACAUUAUUUGUGUCAAUUAGUCACUAAACCAAAUACAAUCACAAAAUACACUCUAGUUGUUGCACAAUAUGAAAAAACAACAACAAUCAAUUAUUCGUUGAGAUUUUAUUCGUCGAUGGAUGUCAAAUUUGAACCACUCAAAUUACCGUAUACAAUUUCGAAGACGCAUAAAGGACAAUGGGAUGGAAAUGUUGAACCUGGAAAGGGGUGAGUACGGUAGAUUUUGGCGGGAAAAAGGAGUUGAGUUAUAUUUUCAGGGCUUCGAUAUUGAAAUUCACAUUGCAUUCAAAAACUGAUACGACCGCUUUGUUUUUCGAACUCAAAGCGCCAAAACAAUUCAGGUGAGCACUUUUGGGAAGAAAAUUUGGAUUUUGAAAUUUGAAAAAGAAAAUAGAAUGGGGUUUUGUUAGGAAACAUUUGAAAAAAAAAAGUUUUUUGUUGAACAUUUUCAAAAAUAAAUUCCCCAAAAAUACCAAUAUUUUUCAGCGUUGCAAUCGAACUCAAACAAGUCACAUCAGAUCGAACAAUAUUUUUCGAAACCAAAAACACAGGUCCAUAUCGUCCCGGUUACACAGUUCUUCAACUCGAAAACGUCCCCGCUGGCCAAUUUUUCAUCAAACUUGCAACUUAUCAAUCCGGACAAAAAGGGCCUUAUUUAUUGAGAAUUGAUUCGACCUCGAAAUUUGAUGUUGAAAAUCAUAAAAUUGUAUAA